AAUUUGCUUAAUAAAUAACAUCGAUAGAAGUCCACGUCAUCGCUUAUGUUGCGCUGCUGUCGCCCUGGUCCCGAGUUCUCCGGGGCUGCCCGCGGGGACAAGCCGGGCAGCUGCCGCUUCAGCCCUCUUCGAGGGGGAACAGCGUCGCUUUUCGGCAGCGACGAGCUGUCGUCCUCCCUUAUCUUCAAGUUCCCGCCCAACUUUGUGCGCCAGCUCAGGACGAAGGCCCGCCGUAACUGCAGCAACAUCGGCGUCGCACAAAUCGUGGCGGCUAAGUGGUCCAAUGGUCCCGCCGCCGGCUCCCCUCCAUUGGCGGCGGCUCAGGCAGCCGCCGCCGCUUCAUCCCCUGCCGACACUCCGGUCGAGCUCACGGCCGUUGAUGAUGUGGCGGUUAUUGAGGGUUGUAACAGCAAUGGUAGUGUACAGAAAGAAUCAUUUUUGAACUCCGACGGGAGCAUCACAGUUCACGCCGGUGAAAGAUUGGGGCGUGGUAUAGUUACUGAUGCAAUUACAACUCCGGUGGUCAAUACCUCUGCCUACUUCUUCAAGAAAACUGCUGAGCUUAUAGACUUCAAGGAGAAACGACAUAUAAGUUUUGAAUAUGGGCGCUAUGGGAAUCCAACAACUGUGGUUGCAGAGGAGAAGAUAAGUGCACUUGAGGGGGCUGAGUCAACCCUGAUUAUGGCCUCUGGAAUGUGUGCUAGCACAGUCAUGUUGAUGGCAUUAGUUCCUGCUGGUGGGCAUAUUGUGACAACAACUGAUUGCUACAGGAAGACUAGGAUAUUCAUUGAGACCAUGUUACCUAAAAUGGGAAUUACGGCCACUGUCAUUGACCCUGCUGAUAUGGAAGGCCUGGAGUCUGCACUCAAUCAGAGCAAUGUCUCUCUUUUCUUCACUGAAUCUCCUACAAAUCCAUUUCUCAGAUGUAUUGACAUUGAGUUAGUUUCAGAGCUUUGCCACAGAAAAGGAGCUUUGGUUUGCAUUGAUGGUACCUUUGCAACACCUCUCAAUCAGAAGGCCCUUGCUCUUGGUGCUGAUCUUGUUUUGCACUCUGCAACUAAAUACAUUGGGGGCCACAAUGAUGUCCUUGCUGGUUGCAUAAGUGGUUCUCUGGAACUGGUUUCUCAAAUCCGUAAUUUGCAUCAUGUUUUGGGUGGUACUCUCAACCCGAAUGCUGCAUAUCUGAUCAUUCGAGGCAUGAAGACACUUCAUCUACGUGUACAGCAACAAAAUUCAACAGCAUUAAGGAUGGCUGAAAUUUUAGAGGCACAUCCUAAGGUGAAACACAUCUACUACCCUGGUUUGGCAAGUCAUCCUGAACAUCACAUUGCUAAGCAGCAAAUGACUGGUUUUGGUGGUGUUGUCAGUUUUGAGAUUGAUGGAGACUUAAUGACCACCAUAAAGUUUGUUGAUGCAUUGAAGAUUCCAUAUAUUGCUCCAUCCUUCGGUGGAUGUGAAAGCAUUGUUGAUCAGCCAGCUAUCAUGUCCUAUUGGGAUCUUAGUGAAUCAGAGAGGCUGAAGUAUGGGAUUAAGGAUAACUUGGUCCGAUUCAGCUUUGGAGUUGAAGACUUCGAAGAUGUGAAGGCUGAUGUUCUCCAGGCCCUCGCGGCAAUAUAACCAGCGUGUUGAACCUGUCUUUUUAUUUUCUUUAGGUCUUUUAGCAUUGCCUCCAAGUUCGUUGUUGCAUCAAUUGGAAUUCAAUUUCCGGAAUUUCCUAUCCUAUCAUGUUGUGUAGCAAAAGUAAUGAUCCCCUAAAUAAAUUCGAACUUUGUGCCUUUGUGUUUUAUCUUUACCUUGUAGUGUAUGCCUAAAUGAAUGAGAAUGAAGACUGACUUGGAGU